CUGUGGUCAAUUUGUGCGAGUGACUCCUGAUAACAUAACCUAAAAUGAGACAAAUUUAUAUUAAAAUAUUAGUUUUUUCAUAAAAUUGAAUCAAGUAAGAGCAAAAAGAACACCAAAACAAUAUACCGACUCCUGAGAUUCCGAUGAUUUUAACAAGUUAGUAUUUUCUUAUAUACAAGGUGCAACGGCGGCCAUCUUGUUUAAGUGCGUGUCUACGGACUCCAUUUAGAGAUAUUUAAAGAUGGACAGCAGCACUACUGUUUUUACCUCCAAGAUAACGAGGGUUGGGAAUCACCAUAAAAAUAAUUUAUACGACCUUUUGAACAUUGUUCCCGCUAAACCUCUUAAAGUUAAUGAAACAAAGAAGUACACUUGCGAUUUCAUCCCAAAAACUGGUAAAUAUUAUACACCGAAAAGAAAAUCGCGACUGAAAGUGAAAACUGUUCGAGAUAUCAGAAAAUUGUUUGAACAAGAUACAUUUUCUUAUUUAUUAAAUGAACUGGAAACGCAGCAAAACACUUUAUUAAAAAAAAUACGACAUGGUUCUUCAAGUGAUGAGAUAACAAAAAAUUUGGCUACAAAGUUGUUAAGAGGUGACUCUCCUAUUACUAGGUCAACUUGGCAGAUGUUAAUUAAUCUGAAUCCAGAACAUCACAAAAAUCCACGCCAAUUUGUUAAAUGGAAUGGGAAAUAUAUUCAAGUGAACGGAAGUUUAGGUGGUAGGAAGCAAAUAAUAAAUAACUAUGAUUUAUCAUUUAAGUCACCACCACAACAAAAUACAAAGAAACACAUAUUAAAGAACAAUUUUGGAAUAAGAAAAAAAGGACUAUUAAGAAAUUCGUUAGUCGUUCAAUUUAAACCAGGCCCUCUUUGUAAGAAACAAUUUCUUGAUGAUUCGCCUCAAAAAUACCACAUAGGUAAUACCGAACUCAUACAUCUUCCAAAACCAGGACUGGACAUCAAACCUACUUAUGGUACUGCUUCAGAGCCUAUGAUAACACAGUAUCUUAAUAAUCUCCGUCCUGGGGAUGGCACUAUAACCGGAAAAUGGGCUGAAUUUGCAGUUUCUGUUUUAGGUACUAUCAAAAAAUCUAAUGCAGUACAAAUAAACAAAGAUUGCAUUACAUUUGAUUUAGCUUACAAAUAUAAUCAAAAUAAAUUACUAAUGCGCCGUGGUGCUGAUAAUCUUUUGAACACCUCCGAAUAUUCUGGAUUGAGAGUUACAGAGAGAGACAGGCGAACAGCAAGAACAGGAUUAAAAACUGAAAUACUAGAUAUUAUAAAUAAAAUGAUAGAUUCUGUAGAAAUAAACUUAACUCAAGAUACAUUAUUUACUCAAGAAAAAGAGACGGAACCAUCAACUGAUUUGAACUCCAUGGAUGUAACAAACGCAAAAGACAAGCUCAAAAGAAAAUUUGGCGAACUAGACAGACUUGCUGUUAGGGUGAUAACACUUAAUGAAAUUGAAGAACCUCAAAUAACAAAAAGCUGCAACAAUAAGCACUGUUCUUUGGGUUGUAUUUGCGCUUCAUUGCAAGGCAAAUACAAUUUGAGGCAGCAUUGUGGCCGUAUCGAAUGCAUUUUUGAUUGCAAAUGUGGCUAUGACAUGUACAAAGAUGAUCCAUUACAUGCAGAAUGCUCAGAUCUGCUUCCUGGACUCAUAAACAUAAAUAAUGAUGAUUUACAUUUAGCGAAAGAAGAGCAAAAAUUUCAUCAAACUGUUAUAGUAGCUGGAAAAAAAAGAAUUUUAUUAAAGACAGAAAAAAGGAAUAGCAAACCAUCCAAAAAAUAUGCCGAUUUUUACAGCAAUGUGACCUCAAAACAAGAACAGCACAAAAGACUAGAUGCUUCGGUUGUAGCAAUAAAAUUUGAUUGUAAUAAUAUAGAACCAUGGUGUAUGGUUCAUAACCUAUAUAAGUGUUUUUGUAAAGGCAAAUUUACCGAAACUUGUGCAAAUAUAAGUGAGGAAAUCGGUAAAGAAUCACUGUCCAAAGAAACGACUAAUGAUGCUGAGGAUUUAGAAAACCUUAAAGGAGCGAAUGAUGAUACUGGAAUCGAGGAAUGUCCUUCAGCACGAAUGAAAGAGCAACAAAAAUCUACAGAAUGGACAAAUUCAGUUUCAGUCAGAAAAUCGAAAAUUUUUGAAAGUAUACCAAAGAAAGUAAACAAAUCAAGAAGUUUUGAUAAACUUAAAUAUAACAGUAAUACUGAAGAAAAUAAUUACGACUCUGAGAAUGAAAUUAAAAGUCAUAGUAAUGCAGGGACAACGGGUAUACAAAGGAAUAAGAACUCAAGAUAUACUCUAAGACAAUUAAAAAUGACAAAUUUCAAUAGAGAUACGGACAAAAGCAGUGAAAAAUCAUUUUAUUCUGAUGAUAGCAAUUCUUUGGAUUAUAUGGAUGAAGAAACAAAUACAUGUUCAAGGACGAGUGCGUACGUUGGAAGAAAAUACACUAAUGGAUAUUAUAAAAAUACAAAUAGUAAAAUAUUGGAAAUGGAAAAGCACGAUAAAAAACUUCAAGAGAGAUUGGAUUCAAUUAAUUUAAAAAUUGAUAGUGAAAAGACUAAAACAACUGAUAAAACUGCCAAUGACUCAGAAAAUCUGUCAGAAAUUGAUAAAAAAAGCAGAAAGCGUUUACUAAGUGAAACCAAACUCGUGUCGUGGUUAGAAUCGAACUACAAAAUAUAUAAACAGCGAAACGAUCGAGGUUUUUUAAAAAAUGCCUUAGAACCGCCACAAUUAGGUAAAGUAGCGUUACACUCCUGGGAAUUUAUUCUAACCAGAUAUCGAGAACGCAAAAACCUAUUUUUAGUAUCUCGUCAAAAGCCUUUCCGAAUUUUUAUGGCAGUAAAUACCAACAAUUCUUUUUUUACAAAUUGCAUUAAUAUUAAUGAUAUCCGAUUUGCAGAGUUACACAAAUAUCCCCAAACCGUAAAAAACUUACUUAUAAAUGCAACUGAUCUAAAAGACAAUUUUUGUAUUUUACGAGGUUUGUCUUUUUGCUGGGAAUUAAUAGGCUCUGUGACUAAAGUAAGCGAGAGUGAUGGAUCAGGUGCGGAACAUGAUGCUUCCCCAAAAAUAAAUAUGAAUCCGCAAGAUGAAAGCGACACGGACAUGUCAGCUGAUUUUAAUCAAAACAAUGCAGUGUCUGAGGAAUCGUUGACAGAAAAUACGGAACAAACCGAAAUACAAACUUCGCCUUUGCAAAAAAAAGAUUCUGAAAGUAAAAGCUGUGUGGACUAUGUUGGGUCAUCAAAAUGGUUUGUUAUGACAAUAGAAAAUGAUUUUAGUGAAAUAAGAUUUUUUAGAAAAGGAUUUUUUGUUAAAUAUGAAAGCAUUAUAAAUGCCAUUAGCGUUGCACGUCUAUCCGGUAAAACUGUUCGACUAUCUUCUAAGAAAUGUAUGGAACAACCUGAAGUUCCCCAGUUCGGCAUAUAUGCAAUUCCUAACAACAACGAAUAUUGUGUUUUUGUUGGACCGUAUGAAAUGGAAGAUACUUUGGGGAUAGAAACGAUUAAGACUAUUUUAGACGUAAGAAACGUAAGGGUGAAAAGAACAAGAGGGUUUUGGAUUACAACAAACAAGAUCGAUAAUCUGAAAGUUGUAGAAAAUCCUUUAUCAUUUGUUCCUUCAACAAAUACCCAAAAUAACAGUGAAAUUCCUCUAGAAGCGCAUCUUUGUACCAAUCUCGAAACUAAUUUAAACCAACAAGACAAUACAAAAUUACCAGAAAGUGUAGUCACAAAUCAAAAUGAAGAAUCAAAAGAGUGUUCUCCUAGCAAAAGAGAUAUAAAAGUUGUUAAACCAAUAAAAAUACGCAAAACGAAUGGCUUCUACCACCUGGCAUCCGACGGCGUUUUAAAAAAAAUAUCUUUAAAAUACCCUAAAAUCGCACCAAAACCUGUUAUUACACGUAUAAAUGUGGGAGAUUGUGUUAUGGAUAGUACCAGAUCAUUACUACAAAUAUGUAAAACAGGCAUUGAUAAUAAUGUUAAUGGAGUGACUUCAUUAUUGACAACUUCACAAGAGCCGGUUACUGAAGCAGUAUCUCAAAUAAAAAUAGCCUCCGUAUAUUCAACACAAAAUGAACCUUCUGUUUCUAAUCCCAGUAAACCACCAGUCACCAGUAAAGAUAGAGGAAUGUUUAUUUUAAAACCUGAAGAAAUAAAUAGAAAAGUUAUACAAAAUGAAUUGAUGGCUGAAGUGACAUCGGCUUCUAGGAAUAAGUAUGAAUUCAAUAAUAAGUCUAAAAGUAUGUUCUUGGAUUCGAAUAAUUAUAAGAUAAUGCCCGAGUCAACAGAUUGGAAUGCCGAUGAUGUUAAUGUAUACGUCUUAUCAGAUGAAGAAAAUGAAAGAACUAGUGAAACUAUAGAUCAGGGUGAAAUUGAAGAUAACGGACAACUAUGGACGGACGUUUGCAUAGAAUGUACAAAUGUUCCAAGCCUAGGCUGGAUACCAGGAAUAAAGAAUUUUCAUAAUUUACUCAGCUUUAAAUUACCUGGAUCAGAAUAUUCAGAAUUUUAUCCGGAAGAAAAAGCUUUUGCCGAAAUAAACUUAGAAUUGUCUAAAAGGAUAAAUACUUCAAUGAAUAUAACAUUGCAAUGGAAAGUUAAUGAGUCAAGUGACAAAUUUGAAGGAACCGAAAUUAACCCUGAGCAUUUGUAUCCAGAUUAUAUACUUACACAAGAAGGGCUGUUGCACACCAGUGAUAUAAUAAAAAGUAAUAAGGACAAUCUUAAAACCUAUUCCAAAACAAAUUUGAAGGGCAACGCUCGUGGUUCCGCAUCCCCGAGUGAAAUCGGCAAGAUUAACUUGCUGAAACAAAUCGAAGAACCCAGGAAUACAGGCGAUGUUCAUCAUUAACUUAACACCCGAAGCGAUUUGACAUUCCUGCUCGAGCUAAAAUAAUUGAAGGUUGUUUGAAUAAAACAUUUUAUUUUGUAACUAAGUACCUUGUUAGGUACCAACACACAAAUUGAAACAUGACUGAUUUCUGUAAGUAGUUUUAUUUAGAUUAUCUAUCAUAACGAUAACUUGUAUUUUUUAUACUUACCUACCCUACCUAGGUACUGACUUACUUCGUUUCAGUUAAGAAAAUAUUGUUAAAAUUUCGUGAUUUAAAUGUAAGUUGCAGAUUAUCUGCUGCCUAUUUGCUCAGUACCUACCUACCUACCUACCUAUAGUUUCACUAAAUUCUACUAUUGUAGAAAUUGUCAUUUUGUAAUUUAUUAUCUUUUUUGUGGGUACCAAACGCAAAUACACCAACUUAUCAGAGCCUUGUGCUCACAGCGUAUUUUUUUCUUGUUACUAUAGUUAGGUAAAUGUUAACCUAUCCGUUUUAGUUAUACAUGCUUACCUAAAUGUUUAGAUUCUAAGUAAAUAGCUAGACUAGUUUAGUUACAAAUGUUUUAUGAUAAGACUUAUUAAAGUAUCGGUAGGUGUGCUUGAAAUAUGGUUAUUCGUCAUCUCGCCACACUAGACUCUUCACGAAUGUGUGACACAAAAAAUGAAUGUGCUCGACUGUACUUUUAUUUUGAAUUCUAUUUUGAAUUCGGGUAAAAUGCUAAAAUGAGUCCGGUUGGCGAAAUGAUAAAUGUACCUACAAAUUUUAAGUUUCACCAACUGGACACAUUCGUGGUAAGUCUAGUGUGGCGACUUGACGAAUAACUCGAAAUUAUGGUUAUUGUCCUUUAUCGUUCAGUGCUAGUUUAUGUCGUCAUGUGCGCUAAAGAUAAGGUUGUACAUAAUGGUAUUAAGAAAAGGACCUUUUAUCGAUAUGGGUCAAAGGAUAGGUACCUAAAGAAUAAAUUCAACAGUUUUAACUAUUCGUGACCAAAUAAUUGUCAUACUAGAAUAAGGUCGUAGUUAAAUGUCUUAUUUUGUUAUUGCUAAGAAUACUAAUUAUUUAUCUGUGAUAAUACAAAAUUAACAACUUGGAGCGAAGGAGUUGCUUUUAUUUCCUGAAAGUCUGAAGCGAUUUUGUACCUUAUUAAAUCAUUGAUACCUAUCUGCUAAUUAGGUAAAUGUCGAUAAUGAUUGUACCUUAAAGUAUCUAGUGUUAAAUGCAGAAUACAAAACUACACUCGCUGUUAA